CUAUUAUUACAUGAUCCCCCCGCAGGCGCCGGGGGGAGGUGGAGCCUGGGGCAGGUGCUCAUGGCGGCGGGCGCCCUCGCACCCCUCCCCGGCUCCCCCUCUGCCUCCAUGCAUGAAUUCCCGUAUCCCCCCCAGAACGCGCCCGCCGUGGCGCGGGGAUCCCCAGCCGGGGGGGUCCCACCGGCCGCCGACCUGGUGCUGGGGGCUGCGGCCGGUUGCUUGGCCUGUGUCGUCACCAACCCCCUCGAGGUGGUCAAGACCCGGCUACAGCUGCAGGGGGAGUUGCAGCCCCCCGGUACCUACCCCCGGCCCUACCGGGGGGUGCUGCGGGCCAUGGGGGCCGUGUGCCGGGCCGACGGGCUGCGGGGGCUGCAGAAGGGCCUGGCCGCCGGCCUCCUCUACCAGGGGCUGAUGAACGGCGUCCGGUUUUAUUGCUAUUCCCUCGCCGAGGACGCCGGUUGGACCCGGUAUCCCGGUGGGACCGUGGCCGCCGGAGCCGUGGCCGGGGCGGUGGGAGCCUUCGUGGGCAGCCCCGCGUACCUGGUGAAGACCCACCUCCAAGCCCAGACGAUGGCAGCCGUGGCCGUGGGUCACCAGCACAACCACGAGAGCAUCUCCAGAGCUUUUGAGAGCAUCUACAAGCAGCACGGGGUGGCGGGGCUGUGGCGGGGGGUGACGGGGGCCGUGCCCCGCGUGGCCGUGGGCUCUGCCGCCCAACUCGCCACCUUCGCCUCCGCCAAGGACUGGGUGUGCGAGCGCCGGUGGUUCGGGGAGGGCAGCUGGGCCGCGGUGCUGGCGGGGGGCAUGGUGAGCGGCGUGGCGGUGGCGGUGACCAUGACACCCUUCGAUGUGAUCAGCACCCGUCUCUACAACCAGCCGGUGGACGCCGACGGCACGGUAAAGCCACGGGGCAAAAAAAACCAAACCAACCCAACCCAAACAAACACACCAGAACCACACCAAAACCCCACCGAAACGAGGCGUCCGCGGGACGCGGCUUCUCCCCCGGGGCCGCAGCCGCAGGGGUGCGCAGCCGCCUCCUCUCCUCUCUCCAGGGCAAGCUCUACCGGGGUUUUUUGGAUUGUAUCCUGCAAAUCUCCAGCAAAGAGGGGCUGCUGGGCUUGUACAAGGGCAUCGGCGCCGUCUACCUUCGCCUCGGCCCCCACACCGUCCUCAGCCUCUUCUUUUGGGAUGAGUUCAGGAAGAUGGUGCAGCACCAGCAGCCCCCGGGGUCCUAGGAGGGGCUCCCGGCCCCGCCGCUAAUAAAGGGGUCUUUUUUUCUA